AUGGAAGUUCCCAAAGGAUUCUUUGAGAAACUGUGGAGUUUUGUCUCUUUUCUUCCUUACUUCUUCCUCUUGCUGCUCCUUGGCGUCACCAAGGCCCUGAUUAUUGGUCCAAUAUCAUCUGCUAUAAUUUUGGUUGGCAAUUCAUGUGUCAUCAUUGGCCUUUGGCCAGCACAUUUCAUUUGGACCUACUACUGUUUGGCAAGAACCAAGAGAAUAGGGCUGGUUUUGAAGACCUUGGCAUUGGUAUUAUUUCCACUGCCUUUGCUCCUCUGGCCAGUUGCUGGUAUAGUAGGAAGUCUCUUCGGUGGAAUCGCCUACGGGUUUUUCACGCCUCUUAUGGCUACAUUCGAGGCUGUAGGAGAGUCUGUUACUAGCAAAUGCUACCAUUGCUUUGUUGAUGGUUCGUUCUCCACUAUUAAAGGGAGUUGUACUGUGGUUACAGACUUCACAGAUUUCUGCUUCCAUUCUUACUUCUCCUACAUGGAUGAGUUAAGAGAAAUGGUUUCGGCCGAUGUUGAACCCUUAGAGAUAAAGUUGUCUCGGCUACCUAGUUGUCUCCUUGCUAGUCUCAUAGGUGUGAUGGUAGAUGUUCUUCUAAUAACAGCUGUCGCUGUUUACAAAAGCCCAUACAUGUUACUCAAAGGAUGGAAGAGGCUAUUGGAAGACCUUGUUGGUAGAGAGGGCCCAUUCCUAGAGAGUGUCUGUGUUCCAUUUGCAGGUCUUGCCAUAUUGCUAUGGCCACUGGCUGUCGCGGGAGCUGUAAUAGCUUCAGUUUUAUCCAGCUUCUUUCUUGGACUGUACAGUGGAGUCAUCGUUCAUCAGGAGGACUCUUUCAGAAUGGGACUUAACUAUAUAAUUGCUGCGGUCUCACUGUUUGACGAAUAUGUAAAUGAUUUACUCUAUUUGAGAGAAGGAACUAGCCUGCCGAGGCCUUGCUAUAGGACGAAAACAGAGACUGUUCAUGGGAAAAGAAUAUUAGGAGAGAGUAAGAACGUUGAUCUCAAGAGCAAAAGAAGCAGCUCCCUGGGUUCAAAGCUUGUUUCAGAACAGUCGAGGACACUGAAAAAAGCAAUUACACUAUAUAAACCAGUUCAGGUAUGGGAAUGGUUGUUUAAGUCGUGUGAGGUGAAUGGGAGGAUACUUCUUCGCGAUGGCUUGAUAGAUGUGAAGGAUGUAGAGGAGUGUCUUGUCAAGGGUAAUUCUAAGAAGCUCUAUAUCAAACUACCCGCGUGGACGGUGUUACAGUGUCUCCUUGCAUCGGCUAAAUCGAACUCAUCUGGGUUGGUGAUCACUGAUGGCGUGGAGCUUACAGAACUAAACAGCCCAAGAGAUAAAGUAUUUGUGUGGCUAGUUGGACCCUUACUGAUAAUGAAGGAGCAGAUAAAAAACCUGAAGCUUACUGAGGAUGAAGAGUUUUGUCUGAGGAAAUUGGUAAUGGUAUGCAAAAAUGAAAGAACCGAGGACUGGGACAACACCGGGUUCCCGUCAAGUGAUACAGUAAGAAAAGCACAAUUGCAAGCCAUAAUCAGAAGGCUGCAAGGAAUGGUAGCAUCAAUGUCUAGAAUACCAACGUUUCGACGCAGAUUCAUGAACUUGGUUAAAGUGUUGUACAUAGAAGCUCUUGAAAUGGGUGCAUCAGGUAAUCGAGCUGGUGGGAUACUCAAACCCAACAGCGACCAAACAGGAAAUCUGGAUCGGACUGAAACACCGGACAUGGAUGUUGUCUAAGUAGUUAUGAUAUCUUGUCUUUUUCCUUCUUCCCUCUGUCUAAGCGGUUUCAGUAGUAUUUUAGGAUUUGUUUUAUAUUCCAAUAUGUAUGUUAAUUAAAUCCUCAAAAAGAGCACUCUUUGUCAAGAAUAACAUAUAUUCAUAACUUUACUUUAAUCAUCAGUAUGAGGAAAUAGUUUUCG